AUGAAUAACAACGGACAGGCGGCCGGGGGAGCAGCGGGCAAGGAGGAUUACCUGGACAAGGCGUUUAAUGCUGGCGCCAAGAAAUUCGGCGGCGCUCAGGGCCAGAAGAUCAGCCAGAACCGCGCAAUGAGCGAGAAGAUUACAGAUGGCAUGCGCAAGGCGUAUGAAAAGUUUACCGGCAAGAAGGUGAAUUCAAAGUUUUCAAACUAG